AGAGAGUUGAGAGCUGGUAGUCUACAGAUAGAUAAUGAAGAACCUAUAACAGAUAUUUCUACAAUGGGAGCCGAACAGCUGGAUACAGAUGGUCAGCUGUGGUUGGGUGGUAAAUCCGCAUUACCAUUUGGAUUACCGAACCCCUAUUAUUCUGGGUUCAAGGGUUGUUUAGACAGCGUUACUAUAAAUAGACAAGAGCUCCACCUAGUGGACAGUCGAAGUACCGAGAGCAGCACGAUAGCCUUCUGUAAAUAA